AGAAUGACACCGAGAAACAGCUCCUCAGUGACAGAGUUUAUCCUCUUGGGAUUAUCAGCCCAGCCAGCACUGCGGCUCCCCCUCUUCUUCCUGUUCCUGGGGAUCUAUGUGCUCACCAUGCUGGGCAACUUGGGCUUGAGCACCAUCAUUGGGCUCAGUGCCAGCCUCCACACUCCCAUGUACUUUUUUCUCUUCAACUUGUCCAUUUUAGACUUUUGCUAUUCUUGUGUGUUUACCCCCAAGAUGCUGAAUGGGUUUUUGUCAGAGAAUAUCAUCUCUUAUGUGGGAUGCAUGACUCAAAUGUUCUUCUUCUGCUCCUUAGUUCAAUCAGAGUGCUGCGUCUUGGUAUCAAUGGCCUAUGACCGGUAUGUGGCCAUCUGCAGCCCUCUGCUUUACUCAGUGACCAUGUCCCCUCGGGUCUGUUCUAUGCUGAUGCUUGGUUCCUAUGUGACAGGCUUUUCUGGGGCCACGGCCCACACUGUGAGCAUGCUGAGACUCACCUUCUGUGACUCCAGGGCCAUCCACCAUUACCUCUGUGAGGUCCUCCCCCUGCUGCAGCUCUCCUGCUCCAGCACCUAUGUCAAUGAGCUUGUUUUUUUCAUUUUUGUAGGAGGGCUUAUCAUAGCAUCCAGUGUCAGUAUCUUCAUCUCCUAUGCUUUGAUUCUUUCCAACAUACUUCGGAUUCCUUCUACUGAAGGCAGAUCUAAAGCCUUCAGUACAUGUGGCUUCCAUCUCACUGCUGUGACUCUGUUUUUUGGGUCAGGGGCAUUUGCAUAUUUAACAACUUCUUCUGAAUCAGUGGAACAAGGACAGUUUGCUGCAGUCUUUUAUACCAAUGUGGUUCCCAUGCUUAACCCUUUGAUUUACAGUUUGAGGAAUAAAGAUGUUAAACUUGCCAUUAACAAAAUGCUGAAGAAAGUGCUGCUCUAG